AGCCGUAGCCAAUCGACGCAGAAGGCCGAAUCGCGGUGGGCGGCUGAGGCGGCUUCUUCCGGCCGGGCAGAGCGGUGGAUACGGUCGUUGAAGGACCCUGGGUGAGGAAUUUGUGGCUAUAGCAGAUUGAGAUCAUGGCAGGUCCAGAAGCUGAUGAACAAUUUCAUUUCACUGGUAUUAAAAAAUAUUUCAACUCUUAUACUCUCACAGGUAGAAAGAAUUGUGUACUGGCCACAUACGGAAGCAUUGCUUUGAUUAUCUUAUAUUUCAAGUUAAGGUCUAAAAAAACUCCAGCUGUGAAAGAAACAUAAAUGGAUUUUAAACUGUCUCCGGUUCUUAACCUCAUCUGUUAAGUUCCAUGCCUGGAGAAGCUAAUCCCAACUCAUCAUGUGAUAAUACAAUUUGUACAAUAAAUUAUGAACCUGGAAAA